AUGAACCCCCACAAGAUGAACAAGGUCGACCUCUCGUCCAUGAGCGAGGAAGACCAGAAGGCCUUCAGGAUGUACGGCAAGAUGCCCCAGAAGAGCGUACUCUCCAAGAUCAACAAGGAACGCAAGUACUUUGAUUCGGGCGACUACAUGAUGUCCAAGGCCGGCGUCUCGCCUGCCCAGCCUCUGGGUACUGCGAUUCCCACCCCCGAGGGCCUUCCUCACGCGUCGCCUCCUUCGAACGGGCACCUCUCGUCCUCCCCAUCAGGCCAGCCGAUCCCCUUCCCUCUUGGCAACAAUCCUGGCCAGGAUGCUCUCAUGAACCGCCGCGCUUCGGCUGCCGUCGUCGGCGUCGGCAUGCAGGCCCCCAACGAGCCCAUGAGCAUUCCAGGCUCCCACCAACGGCGAGGCUCCGAAAGCGGUGCACGCAUCUCUCCGCCCGGCACGCUGCGCGAGAGCAUCCCUCCGUCGUCCUACCCAAUCCAGCAUCACACGUCCUUUGGCUCCUCGCCUGUCAAGACCAGUGCACUCGCGCGCCGCGUCGACGAGGACAUUGAGGUCUAG